AUGCGCAGUGGUUUGCAACUGUUGGAUGUUUACAGUUAGCUAGCUAGCUAGUAAGCCUGCAAUUUGGCUUUGAAAUAGAAUACAUGUUCACUUAUUAGUCCGAUACACACAUCGGAAGGCAUUUUGUCUUGAAACAUUUUCGUUUCUCUGGUCGGAGAGGAUCAUAGAGAGUAGAGAGAGGAUGGCGGCUUUCAACUUUGACCCCAUUGGACGCUAAAAUGGCAGCUCUUAUGGCGCCGAAUGCAACGACGUCGUUGAGCCAAAAGCAACGACGUGCUGCCCUUAGAAGAGAACGAAGGAAGAAAAAGCGUCAAGCACUUGCUCAAAUAAGAGUCUCGGGCUGCCAGGAGGAUGGAGACGUAUUGGGUAGCGAAGAUGAGGAGAUGGAUUCUAAAGCCGAGGAAGAGAGGCAGAGAUUGCAUGAGGAGUGGCUUGAAAGAGAAAGAGCUUCCCAAGAGGUUUUUAGGCUAAAGAGGGAGAGAGAGGAGACUGCUAAACGGAAACAAGAAGAGGAGGAGACAAGAAUUAAAGAAGAAUGGGAAGAACAGCAGCGGAAAGAGAGAGAAUCGAAAGAUCAAAAGCAGCAGGAGAGGAGAGACAGAGAGGACGCUGCGCAGAAAAGACUGGACCAAGCUGAAAGCGAGCUGGAAAAUGUAGGUCCCUGGAAGAACCCAGAGGCCCCCGCUCAAACAGACUUUGGCACAGAAAAGGACAGAGCCAACUGCCCCUUCUUCCUCAAAACUGGAGCCUGCCGUUUUGGAGACCGGUGUUCCCGUAAGCACGAACAUCCUGCCUCCAGCUGUACUCUGUUGAUCAGAGGGAUGUUCAUCCACUAUGGCAUGGAGCAGAGUCGGCGUGAUGACUACGAUACAGAUGCCAGCCUAGAAUAUAGUGAAGAGGAGGUCCUCCAGCAGUUCCUAGAUUUCUAUGAAGAUGCACUCCCUGAAUUCAAGAGUGCUGGGAAGGUUAUUCAGUUUAAGGUCAGCUGUAACUUUGAGCCGCAUCUUAGAGGAAAUGUUUAUGUUCAGUACCUCACGGAAGAGGACUGCACUCAAGCCUUUGUGAAGUUCAAUGGACGAUGGUAUGCAGGAAAGCAGCUGCAGUGCGAGUUCUCCCCAGUAACCAGAUGGAAGACGGCAAUAUGUGGACUGUUUGAUCGUCAGAAGUGUCCUAAAGGAAAGCACUGCAAUUUCCUCCAUGUGUUCCGGAAUCCCACACGAGAGUUCUUCAAGGCCGACCAGGACCUCCAUCUGUCCCCAGACCGGGAGAGCAAUUUCACCGGCCGGUUCUCCGAGCGGUCAUGGUCACAAAGGGGCCACAGCCCAGACAGAUGGUCAUGGAGACGCUCAGUAAGGCGCAGCCGGAGCCGAGAGAGACGGAGCAGGAGCAGGAGCAGGGGAAGGAGGAGCAGAGAGCGGCCGAGCAGUAGCAGGGGAAGGCGGAGCCGGAGCAGAGAACGACGAAGUCGGAGCAGGAGCAGGAGCCAGGAGAGCAAGAGAUCACAGCAGAGUUGGUGCAGUAAGACUUCUGCACAGAGUAAACGACCCCGGAGAGGAGGGAGCGGCGAGAGACAACGGUCCAGGAGCAGAGAACGGAAUGGGGACCGGUGGUCCAGAGAGGGGUCACCCAGAACAUCCAGAUCUGAGAGUAAAAGUAAAGAGGUGUCUUUGAGGAGAAGCCACAAAGACAAAGAGAUCAAGGAGGAUCUCGUGGAUGCUACUGCCACUCCGCAACGCCACAAACACUCAAAGAAAAGCAAAAAAAAGAAAAGCAAGAAGAAACACAAGCGAAAGAAGAGUAAAUCACCAGGUGGUAGCUCAUCAGCUGAAUCUGGCAAAGACACAGGGGACGAGGGUGAUGACCACCAACUCCCUGCCCCACAAGAGGAGGGGCAAACUAACCAACCAUUUAUGUUACAGGAUGAGGACUCCAACCAGUGUCUUGCCCCAGAAGACAAGGAAGAUGCCCUGGAGGCCAAAGAGGCUGAUUCGAAGGAGGCAACAGUGGUUCUCACUGAUCCUGAAAAUAAAGUGGGACCGCUCCCUCACAUUCUAGAGACAGGGGAAACUUCAUGAGGACUUUGUUCAGAAGUCAGUUGUGUUCUGACUGGCUUUUGUUUCACCAAAUAACCAAUGUGUGAAUUACAGGUGAGACACACAGCACAUAGCAUUUGGUGUUGUGUACAUAUGUGUAAAUAAAUACUUUAUUAAAAAUGUGUUCUGUGGUCUUGUCAGAAAUGCUAUAUGAUGACAUGCCAUAUGAAUUGUAGGUUUUAAAUAUAGAUGGGUUACU